AAAACUGGCCGAGCUCGCCGAGACGGCGCGGAACCUUCCUCGUCGCUUCUCGCGGCCUCCAUCAUCUCCGCUUGGUCACUCACUCCUGCUCCCUUCUGUCAUCGCCUCAACGGCCCUCCGGUCCCGGAGUCAAUCGCCACCUGACACGCGCGCUCCAGUUCUUCCAUCUCUCCGAGGGCAUUGGGUUUCUUGAUGGGAGACGGUAGCAGGCAAGAACCGGCCGUCUGGCGCAUAGCGGAUGGCUUGCCGCAGAAGCCUGCGCUGGGGUUCAAUAGCUUCUGGCAGAUUCCUGAUAAGAUUCAGAACUCUCUCAAGGUGCAUUUUGGGCGUUUCUUGAAGAAGGAUGCUGCUGGCCGCGGAAUGAAUGCUGAAAUGUCGUCAGAGAUGGGGAAAGCGUCGUGCACUGCUGCUGCUCCUGAGGUUAGCUUGGACAGGCAGCUCCAAGCUUGGAGGAACAAUGCUAGUUGGACUGACGAGCCGCCAGAAAUCAAGGUGACUGUACCAGAAGGUUCCCUUUGCAACCUCAAUCUAAGAUUCAAAGCAGGAUUACCACCGGAUGCAGUAUACAACAUCAUAAUUGACCCAGAGAACAAGAGGGUGUUCAAAAAUAUCAAGGAAGUAAUAUCAAGAAAAGUCUUGCUUGACGAAGGGUCAAGGCAAGUAGUUGAAGUGGAGCAGGCAGCAAUCUGGAAAUUCCUCUGGUGGUCUGGCAUCUUGUCAGUUCAUGUUUUUGUUGACCAGAGCAGAAAAAAUCAUACUGUUAAGUUUAAACAAGGACGAACAGGUUUUAUGAGAAAGUUUGAGGGUUGCUGGAGGAUAGAACCCAUAUUUGUUGACAAGGAAGUAUGCCUUCCUCUUCAUCCAUGCACUCUGGAAGAAUAUGAAUCCUGUACUGGUGGCAGGGGCAGAGUUGCAUCUGCCAUUACCUUGGAUCAGCUUAUCGAGCCUGCCCUUUUACCCCCGCCACCCAUCUCAUGGUAUUUGAGAGGGAUCACUUCAAGGACAACUGAGAUGCUGGUGAACGAUCUGAUAGCAGAAACUGCUCGGCUGCGAGGCUUCUCAAGCAAUGCAGAUGGCAAACAAGAUGUUGAAGAAAUAGGCGGCACGAGUGAAAUUCCACCAGGAAGUGAGUGUGGUGACAUUAAGGAAAGGUGGCGACAGAGAAGAAAAAGAGGACGGCAUGGAAACUCCCUUAGAUUAACAAGUCAAAUGUUAUGAUAUGGCGUAAGAUGGCUCUUUGUGAACAUGUACUGAGCUGGUUGUUCAACAGUAUAUAUGUCUGAUAUGAAU